UCAAGUUAAGUUGACAGAACGGGUAUCUUAAACUACUAACGUUUUAGAAUCGUAACUAAGCCUACAUAAGCCAUAGAAAAAUAAUUAAGAUAAUUCAAAUGUCGGAAGUUGAUUGAGUACGGGUUGGAAACGUAGUUUAAACGUGAUUUAAAAGCAUGUAGUAAACAUAAUGCAGUUUCAUAUUACAUUGGGUUAUAAAAGUUUGAUAAAGCCUUGAAAGCAUUGUUCGGUAAAUUAAUAAAUGUUUUCCUGCAGCCGUUUCCACGAGUGGACCAUGCUGUCCGGCAUUGCAAACUGAACUUGACAGGCUAACUGCUGAGGCAUCAGCACUACAAGAAGAAAUCAUUUACCUACAAGAUCAAGUUGAUAGAAUUGAAACAACUGUAAAUCAUCAGGAUGGUAAGAAAUUGUCGCCGUAUGGUUGUGCUUACAAAUUGUUUGUCAAAAAAAUAUUACUUUAAUAUUUUCUAUUAUUACAGCAAAACAAUCCUGCGACGAGUUUAAAAAAAUGGAUUUUUCAUCCGGUUAUUACGAUGUUGAUCCAGAUGGUCCUGAUGGUGAAAUGGUUCCAUUUGAGGUUUAUUGUGAUAUGGACUCGGAUCCUGAAUGGGCAGUUACUAUGCUCGGGCAUGACUCGGAAACGCGCACGCUCGUAAGUGGUUGUCAAGAUCCAGGAUGUUUUUCUCGUGACGUCACUUAUCAACAGUCCUGGUCUCAAAUUCAAGCUGUAAUGUCAACAUCGCAAACCUGCCAGCAAUAUCUUUCGUACGAAUGCUACGGAUCAAUGUUAUUCGAAUACUCCGAUUAUGCUUGGUGGGUCUCACGAGAUGGCGUAAAUCAGUAUUAUUGGCCUGAGGCAGAUGAAGGUAUUAACUAA